CUAGUGAUGUUUAUUGUCAUCGCGCUGAGACUUUUGCUGUUUUUGACCGCCGUUUUGAUAUAUUCCUCAAUGACUGUACAAAAGAUAUGUUUAUCCUUGCUUAUCUGCUUGACCCCAGUGCGUAUUUUUCCCUAUGGAGGACAAGCAGAAACUAACUUUCUAAAGUGUACUACCCAGAUGGAGCUCUACGCCUUGAACUCCCUCCCCGAUCUGAAUUCAGGCAGAGCUCCUGUACACCUCUAGUCCGGCGCUUAAUCGGAUCGGCUCUUCAAAUGCUUCAAAAUGAACAAAAAAGAGAGCGAUUGGGCACCGAGGAAGAUGGGCGCACGAUGGUAAAAGAGCUCACUGCAUAUCUGUAUCGCGAAUCCCCCUUUGAUAUCCCUGUGAAGGAUGCAAGUAAGCGGCUUGAAUGGUGGAAUCACAUAUCAAAAGACAGUGGUGCUUGUCAGGUUUCGAAACUCGGUAUCAAACUUUUUAGUGUGUCACCAUCCGAGAUGUGCGAUGAGCGAGGCGCCUCCAAGUUGUCAGGCCUUGAUACUGCGAAGCGUAAUGGCUUGACUGGUCAGAACUUAAUUUGGAUGGCUCAGCUUCAACAAUAUUGGCGGUAUGGAUUUUCGGAUCCGAAAUAUACACACACGGCAAGACUUGACCUGGACCAGCCUUCCACUUCCAGCUCUAUCCAGCUCCCAGCUCCGACUUUGAACGAUCUUCUGAACCCGGCCGGUCCAGAGAUAGACGAGGAAAACCUUAGCUUCAACAUAUCUGAUCCAUAUGGGGCUACAGCACUUGAAGAUGGGGAGAACGAAGACGACGAAGAGAUGGAUGAUACGGGUGUCAUUCCUAUCAUUACUCGAGCCAGCAUUGACCGCCUCAAAAUCGAGUCGCUUGUCAAUUUGUCCUGUGGCAAACUGCUUGAGCGCUAUGAUCCGCCAUCGCAGAUGAAGAAUGUUCCGAAGGAGAAGCCAUCGAACACUCAAUCACAACAAGCAUCAAAAAAAUGGAGUGCGAAGGACUCCGAGUGGUCUCUUGACAGUGUCUGGUAGAUAUUUAGUUGUUCAAUACUUAUAAUACCUAUGAUACAAGAUAUAAUACGUGUAUUAUACGGUAUUAUACCUAGAAAAAAAAUUGCCUGCGGCGCUUACAUAAUACUGGUAUAAUACAUAUAAUACGAGUGAUAC